AUGGUCCGAUUGAAGCACCGCUACCUGCUCGUCAACAUCCUAUACCCCGAGUCCGAGACCCCCACCAAGCCCGCGACAAAAGACGGCCAGGUUCCAGAUAUCGUAUCCUUCCGUCGACCCUCUUCGGACAAACUUAAUGCGCAAUUGCUGGCCCGCAUCAUCAGAGAUGGCGUGACAGAUUUGUUCGGAGACUAUGGAAGUGGCAUGAUUGCUAGUAGUCUUGUAGUGAAAUACCUUUCGCCUGCUACAAGUACAGCAAUCGUACGAGUUUCCCGCGCCCAUUACCGGCUCGUAUGGGCAGCCCUCAGUUUCGUCACUCAUCUGCCCCGGCCCAUUGAUCAAGCCUGUGUAAUUCAGAUUGUCAGAGUGUCUGGAACCAUCCGCAAGGCCGAAGAGGAGGCCAUAAGAAGAGCAAAAGCUGCCAUCCUGCGAGCAACAGCAAGAGAAAAGGGCUCGGAGUUUGCACUUGACAAGAUGCUUGGAAGUGCUGGUGCACUAGCCAACACAAGACCAGGGGCUCAGAUGGGCAUUGAAAGCGACAGUGAAGAUGGAGAAGAUGAGAUGGAUGAGGAUUGA